GUUGCCCCAGGUGGAAAGGUCGCCGGGUGGAAAGGUCGCCGGGUGGAAAGGUCGCCGGGUGUCCGGAGAACUUUGUACUGACCGGACUCCACGUCUCUCUCUUCACAGACACUUCCCGUCCAAUCACAGAGCCAUGGAGGUCCCGGAGGUGGUUGUGGUCGGAUCAUGUAUGACGGAUCUGGUCAGCGUGACCCCGCGCCUGCCCAAAGCCGGAGAGACCAUACACGGCACCAAGUUCUUCAUCGGGUUUGGUGGGAAAGGAGCCAACCAAUGUGUACAGGCCGCCAGGCUCGGGGCGCGGACCGCCAUGGUGUGUAAGGUUGGAGAAGAUUCUUUUGGCAGCAAUUACAUCGAGAACUUCAGAAACAAUGAUGUGUGUACAGAUUUCGUGGCUCAGACAGCGGCAGCCGCCACCGGAGCGGCCUCCAUUAUCGUCAACGCAGAAGGUCAGAACGCCAUUGUGAUCGUGGCUGGGGCCAACCUACUUCUGGAUUCCGGAGACUUGGCGAGGGCCUCGGAAGCGAUUUGCGGUGCCCGGGUGAUGGUGUGCCAGCUGGAGAUAAGUCCACAAGUGUCCUUGGAAGCUUUGAAAAUGGCGCACAAUAGUGGAGUGAAGACCAUUUUCAACCCGGCGCCGGCUGUAGCGGUCCUGGACGGGGAAUUCUUCACCCACUCGGACAUCUUCUGCUGCAAUGAGAGCGAGGCGGAGAUCCUGACGGGUAUUUCGGUGAGCAGCCGGGACGAGGCCGGAGAAGCGGGGCGCGCACUGCUGCAGCGAGGGUGUCACCUGGUCCUGGUGACACUGGGAGGGGACGGAUCUGUCAUCGUCUCUGAGGACGACCCGACACCGAAGCACAUCGCCACCAACGCAGUCACCGCGGUGGACACUACGGGGGCCGGGGACAGCUUUAUUGGGGCGCUGGCCUUCUACCUCGCCCAUCAUCCUCAUCUCAGCAUCGAAGAAAUGGUGAAGAGGUCAAACCAGAUUGCGUCAGUGAGUGUCCAAUCGGCCGGAACGCAGACAUCCUAUCCGUCCCGGAAGAACCUUCCUCAGGAUAUCUUCUCUUAGAGGAAACGAUCGUCUCUUCCCCACCCCCACUCCGAAAAUAUAUUAUUAUUAUAUGGUAA